AUGUCAUCGUUUGGUAUUGUGUUGCUUUUUAAUUUUGCGAGGCGUCGGGCCGUCGCUCUGCUGGUAAACUCAUGUUGGGGCUGUCUUCCUGCUGGAUCUUUGGCGUUUCGGCCGAGUGGGUACGAGUCGGACUGUCAUCGUUUUGUGCGUAGGGCUUUUUGCUCUAUUGAGAGGGAUGGUGGACGGUGGCUUCCGAGCGCUUAUGAGAACACUGUGGUUGAGUUGCUUGAUAAGGCUGGUGUAGCUGAGGGUCUCUCUGGGCAGAGCGUCUAUUCGCUGAUUUUGCAGCACCGUUUGAAGUGCUUCGGCUGCCCCUGCCCCCUUCCGUAUGAUGUUGCAGGCUGUGGAGAAGUUCUGCAGCGUGUUGACGGGAGUCAUGCGCUGGUGUGUCCGGUGAGCUGCAGUUCCUUGAUGCGGAGUCUUGUGGUACCAGUAGAAAUGCGUAGUGAGCUUCAUGGUCUUCUGAAGUCUGUUCUUUGUGUGCUGGACGAUGCCGGCAUUGAGUGCUGGGCAGCGGCGGGUACUCUGCUAGGGGCGGUGCGCAACUACGGUAUUAUCCCGUGGGACGACGACGUUGAUAUCGCCAUUGCCGCGGUUGAUGAGACGAAACUCCGCGCAGCAUUUUAUUAUCCGGCGACGGACGGCGAAAGUGACCUUGUGCUCGAGUACGUGCCGCUCUUUGGGUACAAGGUGUACAGCCGGUCGCUGCCACCACCGACGCAGAGUGGUGGCUCUUGUUGCAUGCGAUACGGCUACUUCGUGGAUAUAUUUGUGUUUGAAGAGUGGGAUGACUUCUUGGUAUUGGCGCGCGGCAGUGCCCGCAAGACGUGGCCGAAUGAGUGGUGGCGGCGUGACGAGCUAUUUCCCUUGGUACGUGUUCCCUUCCAUGAUGUGCUUUCGGGGGCAGGCCGCACGUUGCAGCUUCCCGUGGCGCAGCACGCCAUGCCGCACCUGCAGCGACUGUACGGUGCGGCCUGCAUGGAGGAGGCCGUCGUUCCGCGGGAGCUGCACGGCCGCCUGCUUAGCCACCCGCUGCAUAUUCCUAUGUCGUUGCUGGAUAUCCAAUGA